CGCACGCUCGGAGCAUCACGCGCCUAUAUACAUACAUAUUUACUCUGAUAUCGACGCGCUUGGACGUUACAGCUUAAUUUAACGCUUUGUUUAUUAUCAUGCCACGCGAUAAGUUACGGGCGAACGAACGUGACAGGUUCUUUUAAAGAUCUCGAAGGAUCGGGAAUCUUUCCGACGGCCGUCGGAAAGGCAACCGUCUUUGGUUGUUGCCACUCAACCUGCAGUUUCCCCCCAUCCCUUCUCCUGGGUAUCGCGCGAUAACAACGACUGAUACUGACUAUUACUGACCGAUGUCAGUAACUUGCAGUAACUCGCGUGCGUGCAACGUGUCUCGAUCGAUUUUGAUCAAAUGCCAAAUGUGACAAUCUAAGCUCAUCUCUUUUCGUCGCGCGACAUUCACAUUCCGAUGUCGGCCGUUCCUCGGCGGCUCGCUUUUGCUUGGGAAUAAGGUUAGAGCGAGCCUCAGGUUGACGCCGUUGCGACGUAAUAACGCGCGUUUCGGAGAAAGCGGCGGAUUUGCUUUUCUCUGCGAGAUGGGGACGAAGAUUUGCCCCGGGAUCUGAUGGUUCUCCCUUUCGCGAAUCGUACCAGAGCGGCCGCGCGCGAUCACGAAUCUCAGGCGUGUUUGAUGUCAACGUAACAUUUGUGGACGAUGGACGGAGAGGAUUCCGUGGACGUGGACGUGGACGUCGACGCGGAUGUUGACGUAGACGUGGACGUGGACCCGCGGGAGCUGCACGAGACCCUCCAAACGUACAGGAAGCUCGCCGACGAUUUUGCCAACCACGACACGAUUCUGAAGGACAAGACGGUCUUAUCGUACAUAGCGUACGUCUUAGAAGUACCUGAUGUAGAUGUGGUUACCUUAGCUCUGGACAUUCUGGAGAUAUUUGUUAAGAAUGUAGACAAUUAUAUACAUAUAACGUCCACCUUUGGCGUGCGCGAAUCUCUGGACGCGAUUAUCAACAAGUACAGCUUGAGCGAACCAAAAUUAGCCAGUCGGGCGCAGCACGUCAAAGAUGACAUAGAGCGUAUGAAGCCGCCUAUAUAUAACUUGCGCAGUCGUUGCAGGCGAGUUAUAGAGCCCAAAAAGUUGAGGACACACGUAAUAGUUUUACACGUUCAAGGUUUAUUACCGGAAACUCGUGCCGAGCUGGAAUCGAUAUUGAUAAGAAUCGAAGGUCUCGUUUCGCUUGUUGUCGACGUAGAGCAUCAGCGUGUAACUAUGCGCACCUUGAGUUACGUCACCGCGAAACAGAUUGCGGAAGCGAUUGAGAGACAUGCGGAUAACAUGGAAGCGAGAUUGGUUACGAGGAACAAAUUUAAUCAAGAAUUCCUCGUGAAACUGAUACAGGAAGGCGAUACGGACAGCGAAGGAUUGCCCGAUUAUUUACCCGAGGAAGAGGAAGAAGAUGAUAAGGAGGGAGUUGUGUCACUAUUUACCGGUUUAAAACAAAGCGCUUCAUCCCUAUAUAAAUCUACCACCGAGUUUCUAAGUAGUUCGUUCUAUUGGUAGAAUUUCUAACUUCAACGGAGAUUGUCGUAAUUUGUGACUGUUGUAAUUAGAAUUUUAUUUAUUUGAAAUUAAUUGUUCAUUUAUCUGUUCAAAGAAAGGCUGGAAACAAUUCGUGUGUGUGUGUGUAGAUAGAGUACAUUACCUCAAUAGAUAUAUAUCAAAGAGAAAGACUUAUGCUUUUUAGCAGUAAUCAUGAUUAAUUAAAUCUCUAAUUGUUUAAGAAUUUCACACUCAUUUAAUACAUUCAUAAAUAACAAUGAUUAAAGGGAGUAAAGUUAAUUGACUUUUACGACGUACAGUAAUACUUUGUACUCGUCGUCUGUCUCUCAAUAGAAAAUUAACAUGUACAAACAGACUUCUGAGUUUUAAUGUCUAUAUUUGUAAAAAGAAGACACGUAUGUUUUACAUGUAUUUGUGUACAAAAUUAACUUUAUUUUUUGUACUUUAACAGCUAUGCAUGCUUUAUCUUGUGACUUAAUAUAUGUAAAGCAAUUAUGUACACAUGCAAAUUAUAUUACGAUCUCAGAGACUUCUAAUCGAAUUUGACUAUAUUAACGUGUAAAUACGUAAAUUCCAAUAAGUGCUACGUAUGCACUAAAGAUCUAAUUACCAAAUCUUAUUCACGUAAAUGAGAUUUCGUUAUAAAAGCUUCUAAUGUAAAAUGUUAGAUUAGAUGUAGAUAUUAAAUGUAUGUGAUAUGACUUUCAAGCCAUAAUACAGCUUUUGCAAUCGAAUAAAAAUAAAACGAAAGAAUUUUGAUAUUUAAUUUUUCAAUAAUCGUUUUAAAAAAAUCUUAUAGAAUCAUUGAAAAAACAUUUUGUAAACGAUAUUUAAAAUACCCUUUCGAAUCUUGUUAUGUUCUAUGUUUUUAGCUGCACACAUAAUAAUCUCUACACACGACGCAAUAUAUACUGUUUGGAUUUGUACAAAGAACGAAAUAUAAAAUGUUGUGUAAAUCAA